AUGACUGCGAAUCCACCCACGCUCAUCAAUCUGCCUCCCCCGCCCUCGGAUCCCGCGACACCCAACGAUGCCCCGGGCACCCCAAACUCGACGACUACCUCCAUGUCCGAGCUGUCUACUGUAGCUAUCAAAGAUGGCCACCGCGGUCACUUUCCCCAUCACCAGCAGCCAGCCGACGCCGAGCGUGCGGAUCGCAUCUCACGCUUGGCGGGGUUGGAGCGUGUAGCAGUAUCUGGCCGUACGCCUCAGGGUCUUGCGCCUGGCGCCGCCAACAAUCCUCCACCGGGCUAUUUCGACUCGAACAACCAGCCUCAGAUAUUUCGCGAGCGCAGCACUGUCGGCAGUGCAAGCGCAACGGGCAGUGUUGGAGGUCGAACAACCUGGGCGAGCGGCAGCGAUGUCUACGACCCGGAUCGCAUGAGUGAGGAUCAGGAUGUCGACACUUCUAGCAUGGGAGGCUUCAGUGACGAGGCUGCCUCCUUGGUCGGCUUUGGCGAGGGCGCAAGGACACCUGCGAGACAGCACAGCCAGCUGGGAAGCCCAGCCAUCGGUAAAGUAAGUGCUGUUCCUCCGUAUCUCCGCGAACAGCCGCCACCAAGCCCAAUGACCGGCGUCAGUGUCCCCAGCAGUUCAGGAACCACGCAAACUACUUCCAGCGUCGAGCAGCAGAAGCAGGACGCGAAACAAUACGAUGGCAUGACAUAUGACGACUCUGUGACUGAUACCACAGACCGCACCCCGCCCUUGACGGGUCAAGGCGCAGGAGGUGCGACCACUGCGGAGCAAGUUAUCCGUGAGCGGAUGCGCCAGCGCCAGGCCGCCCAAGGCGGAGAGGUCAUGGAAGUGGAGCCGCAGAGGGAGAAUUAG